AUGGAGAUACUCCCGGAUAGUGCGUUUCAUAUCUUUGGAACAUGCGAUGCAGUUGUAAGGAUUUGGGCUGCAUUGGGAAUAACUUCGGCACCUGGUUCUUUUAAUGAUGUGGUGGAUUGGUUUUUCCAUAUGCUGGCUGUGUUGAAAGGGGAGGUUUUGGAUAAGUUUCUUAUGGUGUGUUGGGGUGUAUGGCGGAGCAGAAACCAGUAUGUGUGGGAAGGGGUGGUGUUCAAUAGUGACAUGAUGUUGCGCCGAACACUUUCUUUUUGGCAAGGCUGGAAACAUGCUAACGAAACCGAACAAGCAGAUGAACAAGUCCAAGUGUUGAGCAGGUGGAAACCGCCACAAAGUGGGAGGUGGAAGUUGAAUACAGAUGCAUCCGUUAAUGCUGCAGCAGGAAUUACAGGGAUAGGAUGGGUUUUGAGAGGCCAUGAUGGGGGUUUUAUGGCUGCCAAGAAUGUGCGGUUUGAAGGGGUCUAUACGAUUAAUGAGGCAGAGGCAAUAGCUGUGAGAGAAGCAUUCAGCUGGUUCAAAGAUACUGGGAUGGGGGAUGUGGAUGUGGAAACGGACUCACAAACCGUUUUUCAUUCUCUUUUCCAACAUUCUUUUAAUUCUACUUUUGGUUUACUUAUAGAUGAUAUUAAAGAAUUGGCUAUGGUAGUUGAUGAUGUCCAAUUCCAUUUUGUAAAACGGUCUGCGAAUACAGCUUCUCAUGUGGUUGCAAGGGAGGCUUGUUCAGGGGCAGAUUGA